AUGGCGAGCGUGGCUACUCUCACGUCCAAGCGAGGUGGCAAUCGCGGUGCGGUCACUCGACUCAUCACCAAACUUUCCGACAUCAUCACCGAUGCUACCAUGGACAGAGACCGAAAAAUCUACGAACUCAACAAGAAGUUGGAAGAUCUUCACGACAAAAUAAAGGUAGUUGAAGCCGCAGAAGUAGCAGCAGCUGCUGCUGCCUCUGCGGCUGCAGCAGCAGCUGCCAAUCCAAAUCCUCCAGCACCUACAAUCACUCCAACCAUCAACGUGACCACUGCCACCGAUUCAAGUCAUCUCCCCAAGUUUAAUCUCCCUGAAUUUGGUGGAAAUAUUCUACUCUGGAAUGCGUUCUGGGACGUAUUCGAAGUGGAAGUUCAUCUCAAAAAGAGCUACUCCAAUGCUACUAAGUUCAACUUUCUUAACUCUCGUCUAUCCGGCGACGCAAAGGCGCUUCUUCUCGGCCUCGUGCCAACCAACGACAACUACACUGUCGCCAUCGAUCUACUCAAAAAGCGUUUUGGCCAGCCGGCGAAGAUCAUCAUGGCUCACAUGCGAGCGAAGUUCGUGGAUUCUCUGGAGUCGCACAUCCGUGGACUCGAAGCUCUGAACAAGACGCCAGAUUCAUAUGGCGAUCUGCUCGUCUGCAUCCUUCUCGACAAACUCUCAGCUGAUCUGCGUCGUAACCUGGCACGACAAAGUGACGCCGCUGAGUGGGACCUCGAUAUCCUUCGAAAGAGCCUGCUCAAAGAAAUCGAAAUUCUCGAAGACAGUGAAAGUUCAAUCUCCCACUCAUCGGCAUUAAAACCUCCCAAAAAGACAAACGUCAUGCUCUUGGGAGCAAAGCCAUCUACAAAAGAGUUUCCCCAUCGCAAGCUCUUUUUGUCCCUUUUGCACCGGAGAUCAUUGGCCCACCGACUGCGAUACAGCAAAAACUGUGGAAGAGCGGUACGACAUCGCAAAGGUAAAAAGCUCUGCUUUAACUGUUUAAGAAAGAUGCAUCAGGCAUCAUCCGAUUGCCCAUCCAAGUAUCGCUGUCGUGUAUGCAAUCGAGCUCAUCAUACCAGUCUGCACAAAGCCGAUCCUUCUAGAGUUACUGGCGCUACUAUUCUUUCUUGGUCUCCCCCAACGUCAGUGGUGUUAUCGGCCACAGACGUUGUAGAACAAAACUCUUUUGUAUUUUUGGAAACGGCAAUUGCCAAAGUUCAGUCACAAUUUGUUAAAUUGGAUGGCAACAUUUUAGUCGACAAAGGUGCUCAACGCACAUUCAUCACGUCAAAGCUGGCUAAAUUGUUGAAUCUACCACCUCUCAGACGUGAGAGUCUCGUUCUUUUCGGUUUCACUUCGUGCCGUGGAGUUGCCGAACACUACGACGUCGUACAAUUCUCUAUUAUCGAUCGUCAUGGAUCUCCCAUCGUUGUGCAAGCGAUCGUCAUUCCUCACAUCGUGGACCCUCUCUCCGAUCCACAUCGAGCCGAGUUGUUGUCUCUUCCCCAUCUGAAAAAGCUCAAGUUGGCACACCCAGUGUCGACAAAAUCAACUUUCGAGGUGGAUAUUCUAGUAGGUGCAGACACCUACUGGAAUAUCGUUGGUGAUCAGGUCAUCCGUGGAUCUGGCCCAACGGCCGUUGACUCAAAAAUCGGCUAUCUCAUCUCUGGACGUCUACAAUAUUCAGGUGAAAAAGUCGAGCAGAAAACUGUUGGUCUGCAUAUCUCGGUGGAAGAAGCACUCGACGUCACUAAAUUCUGGAAUCUUGAGACCCUGGGAAUCCAGCCGGAUCUGGAGUCAACAAAGACAACUGAGUUUUAUCAAAAGAAUUCAGUCGAGUUUCGUGAUGGAAAAUACGUCGCGAAGCUUCCUUGGAGUGAAAAUCAUCCGCCCCUCUCGUCCAAUCUACAAGUUUGCCAAAAGCGAACGAGAGGGACCGUCAACCGACUAGCAUCAAAAAAUCCAAAUGGACUCAAGCUCUACAGCAAAAUCAUUCUAGAACAGCUGGACCGAGGCUUCAUCGAGAAGGUUCCAUCUAGUGAAAUGAGCAAGCCAUCUCACUACAUACCUCACUUCGGAGUGUUUAAAGAGUCGGCUACUACACCCCUUCGUAUUGUCUACGAUUGUUCUUGCAAAACGUCAGCUGGAGUGAGUUUGAACGACUGCCUCGAAAUUGGCCCUCCACUACAGAACGUCAUGAUGGCUAUUCUUCUCCGUUUUCGCGCACACACAAUCGGCUUGACAGCCGACAUUGAAAAGGCGUUUCAUCAAGUUGGUCUACACGAGCAGGAUCGAGAUUUCGUGCGGUUCCUUUGGCUAAAGGACCCAUACGACUCAAAAUCGGAUUUCGAGUCGUACCGUUUCCGCGUGAUUCCGUUUGGUGCCAGCAGCUCGCCCUUCAUCCUCCUGUCAGUGAUCAAAAAACAUCUACAAGAUAGUUCAUCGCUACUAGCUGACGACAUCAAUCGCAACAUUUAUGUCGACAACCUCAUCUCAGGCUGUGAAACUUCCGAAGAUGCAGUGUCUUACUUUUCUGAAGCCAACAAUGUGUUAAAAAGUGCCGUGAGAGCAAAAAGUGAAGGAGUCGGCGACAAAUCUCAAGUCACUAAAGUCCUUGGCCUCGACUGGGAACGUGAGGAAGAUCGUCUUCACGUUCCCUGUGUUAAGCUCUCUCAUCUUUCACAUCCACAAACUUCGAAGCGGGAAGUGUUGCGUGGCAUCUCAGCUACCUACGACCCUCUUGGCUUCAUUACUCCCCUCACCAUUCCAGCAAGAAUGCUCAUCCAGGAAAUUUGGAAACUCAAGCUGGAUUGGGACGAUCCCAUUCCAUUUGAGCUGAUAGAAAGAUGGAAAGGAAUCGCAACUUCCAUCGAAGACUCAAAAACUUCUUUCAAUCGCUCUUACUUCAAGACUGGAGAAAUCAAAGAGCUCCAUGUUUUUGUUGAUGCAAGCCAACUGGCCUACGGGGCCGUCGCAUAUUUUUGCAAUGACGACUCCUCUUCGUUCGUGUUCUCCAAGUCUCGCGUCGCCCCGCUGAAAACGGAGAAAAAGUUACUAACCAUUCCGCAGACCGAGUUGAUGGCAGCUGUCAUCGGAACCCGUGUCGCGUCAGCCAUUCUCAGUGCUCUCCUUCCCCUAGGCCUCAAGCCAAACUGUUAUCUGUGGUUAGACAGUCAGAUUGUGCUCUACUGGAUCCAAAAAAUGGGAAAAAUCAAGUGUCAAUUCGUCCACAACCGAGUCGAGACCAUCCGCAGUUUCACUCGAGAUACUAAUGCUUCAUGGAACUACUGUCCCACCACUUGCAAUCCGGCGGAUCUUCUAUCUCGUGGUUCUACUCUCCGUCAGUUCCUCUCUUCCGACAUCUGGCUAACCGGACCUUCGUGGCUUCCAAAGAGAAGUGAAUGGCCGUCGUGGGAGGGAAACUGCGAACCAGCGGCAGUGUUUCACCUGUCAGUCAUCACUAGUGCAUCAGCAUCCAAUACACCACCCUCCCACGACGGAGGAAUUGGGAAGAUUCUCGACAUAUCGAGAUACAAGUUCUCUUAUCUCAUAAGAGUUACCGCGAUUGUCCGACGAUUCGUUGGAAAUAUCACGCUAAAAGACAAGUCUCGAGCAAGCUGGAAGUUAGGCUACAUCACUGUAUCCGAACUGCAAGAAGCAGAAAAGGUUUGGCUUCUUGCAGUUCAAAAAUCGUACUUUACUGAAGAAAUCAACUACUGCGUGAAGCCAACCGUAAAGCGUCCAGCUCUCGUUUCUCAACUGGAUCUUUUUAUCGGUCAAGAUGGCCUGUUGCGCUGCAACGGCCGUCUCUCCAAUUCUCAACUAAAGAAAGACGCAAAGCACCCUAUCCUGCUACCAAAGAAUUCUACUUUCUCCACUCUCGUCAUAGCCGCUCAUCACGCCCUGAUGAUGCACGGAGGAGUAAAAUUAACGGUGGCAUCAAUUCGCCAGCGCUAUUGGAUCCCGCAAAUCGUCCAAAGUGUCAAAAGGUGUUUAAAAAAGUGCGUUAACUGCAGCCGUGUAAGAGGACCCCCUUACACGGCUCCAAACCAUGCCCCACUUCCAGUGUCGCGUUCAUCAUAUUCUUUUCCAUUCACUGUGACCGGCAUCGAUUUCACGGGAGCGUUCACCAUACGAGGUCCCAAAGAAGCUCCAAAAGUAGACCGGACGGUCUACAUUCUACUGUUCACCUGUGCGUCUACUCGCGCUAUUCAUCUGGAAGUAGUCGAGGAUAUGACCACACUUUCCUUUCUGGACGCCUUCCGCUGCUUUGUCUCUCACCAUUCUCGCCCAGCUGUCAUCAUGUCAGACAACGCAAAAACUUUGAGAAAGGUGCUAAGCUUUUUCAGAAGAUUUUCCGCGAUCCAAUUGCUAUACGACAGCUCGACCAACAAAUCGAGUGGCGAUUCAUUCCCAAAAGGGGCACCGUGGUACGGUGGCUUUUGGGAAAGGCUGAUUGGCCUUGCAAAAAGUGCUCUUUCAAAAAUUCUCGGUCGUACCAAACCUACACUCAGUGCAUUUCGAGCCCUCGUCGCCGACGCUGAAGUAGUGCUGAACGAUCGCCCUCUUGAAAAUCCGUCGAGCAGCAUCGGCGACGAAGAGUCACUUUCUCCAGCUCAUCUGAUGUAUGGCCGACGGCUCAACACACUACCCUACAGCGAAGAAACAAACGAAGAAAAGUUUGAUGCAUCAUACGGCGAAAAACCGGACGAGCUGAAGAAAGCCAUCGCCCGCCAUCAGACUCUGCUUCAACAUUUCGAAAAACGUUUUCUGGCUUCCUAUCUCCCUGCUCUUCGCGAGUACCAUCAAGCAACGAAAAAGAAUAAUCCAACAGUCAUCAAAGAAAGAGAUGUUGUUCUCGUUCACGACGACAAACCACGAAAAGAUUGGAAAAUGGCUGUCGUCGAGAAGCUCAUUCGCAGUCAAGAUGGACAGAUCCGAGCUGCCGACAUCCGCACGGCAAACGGAAAAACUAAUCGCCCCAUCUCCAAGCUCUACCCACUACAGGUUGCUGAACCGUCGGACGAUCCGGCCGCAUCGUCCGACGGCCCACUUCGGAUCCAGCUCCGUCGUCGCCUUCUAGACCAACCCGAAAAUGUGCCGCCCAAACCAACGCAGCGAUCAAGAAAAUCUUCGAACAAGAAGACGCUGA